ACUGAGCGACCCAUUCUCUCUCGCUCACUCCCGCUAGUCCGCUACUAUCUCUCUCUCAUUAACCGCCUCCGCCCCCUCGCUUCCACCGGCAAGCUCUCUCUCUCUCUCUGCAAAUAAGACACAUUUUCAGCAAAGGAAACUCAUGCAAGUACUGUCCUUCUCUUCAAGAUUUAGGAUUUCAAAACCCCAAAUCCAAUCCCCAUCCCUUCCGUCACCGUUAGGAUUCUGGUGAUUCGAAUUCCAGAUUGAUUCUCCCAAAUGGCUUCCUUAUCUCCCUCAUCAACGGCUCUAAACCGGACGGCUCCUCGCUUGAGGACGACGCCGUUUUUUCUUCCACCAGGGCUUUUGCGCAGGACGCCUUGCUGCAAUUCCAGUUGGGGAAGUUCGAUCAGUGCCUCACGGCCUUGCAGGAGUGCCUCAAAUGGAAGGCCGGCGAUCCCAAACUGAGAUUGUGAAGGAUAUGCAAUAAAGAAGCACACCAUUGGUUUGAUGAGGGUGGUCAGUCAAGUCUUCAAGUGUGAAAGACUUUAAGCCAAAGGCAAAUUGCAAAGAUUAUGGAAGUUGUUUGGUCAAUGACGACUUUGAAUGUUGCCUUGUGCAUGAUUUUGAAAAGUAAAGAGGACAUAGCACUUUGCUUAGUUCUGAGACAUCCUUAUAAUGCGUUAUGACCAUGGAUUUUUAAUCAACUUUCUUAUUAUGACCCCGAGGUAACAAAUGUGUAUUUAUUAUUGUGGUUUGCAUUGUUUCUUUGAUAACAUGAAGAGGAUACUGAUGAUGAAACGCUUGAGGAGGAGGAAGAUGAGUAUAUUUUUAAUUUAUGUGUGAGUUUAAGCUUCACUUGCUUGUACAAAAUAAUUUUUUUUUAAUUUGAUUGGCUUCUUAUAUAUGCUGUAGUGAGAGUGCGAAUGAAUAUACAGAUGAUGAAGAUGUCAAUUGGAAAGUCCAAAGAGCAGUAGCUAAAUGCUUAGCGGCAUUAAUUGUAGCUCGUCCUGAGAUUCUUGCCAAGCUAUAUGAGGAGGCUUGUCCAAAAUUAAUCAGGAGAUUUAGAGAGAGUGAAGAAAAUACUAAGAUGGAUGUUUUCAGUACUUUCACUGAGCUCUUGCAGCAAACGGGAAAUGUCAAAAAGAGCCAGUUUGACAUUAAUGAACAGAUAACAGGAAAGAUGAUCCCCGAGUCAUUUAUGUAAACCUGUUUAUCUUGCCAAAAUGUAUUAAUUAUGACACUCCUGGAAGGGUUAAGAUUAAUAUAUACCGGGUGGCCUUUUAGUAAAACCUUAUUUUUGGUGUAUAGAAUGUACGUAUAUGUAUUGUGAUUCUAUUACUGAUGGAACUUUGGCAACAUUCUUGAAGAGUAUGCAUAACCAAUUUUGAUACCUUUUUUUUUUUUUCAAAAUGGUCACAAUAAUAAUUUGGUAUUAUUGAUAAUGUCUGCAUUUGGUAUUUUGUAGAGCCUGGAGACCUGGUGGAAGUUGAUGAACUAAUUGCUCAAAUUGAAACAGAUAAGUUGAUAUUACAAAGCUCUAUUUAAAACUAUUACAGAAGCUUAGUUGCAAAUGGUACCGGUACACUCUCUGUCAGGAAUCAGGAGUAUUUGUAUUACUCUUUCAUCAGGUCAUGAUCGAUGUUGCUAGUCCUGAAUCUGGUGUAAUUGUGAAGUUUGUAGCCAAUGAAGGGGAUACUGUGGAACCAAGCACCACAAUCGUUGUCAUACUAAAGUCAAGUGAAGGUGUAUCCCAUGUGGGUCCAUCUGAGAAAACAUUGGAGAAAGAUGUUCCACAACCAGCUUCCCCUGUAGAAACAAUUAGCAAGAAUCAAACAUCUAAAGUUGUAAUAACUCCAGUUACCGAGAAGCCUAAAGCACCAUCUCCUAAACCCUCAGCUCAAGAACCUCAGCUCCCCCCUAAGGAAAGAGAAAGAAGAGCAAGUCUUUUAAGGACAAAUUUGAUAAAGCUGCGUUGUGACUUCAAGGAUGCAUCUGUUGAGAAGCAUGGGGUCAAUUUGGGGCUUAUGUCGAGAUUCAUCAAGGGCCUUGUUGUGCCAGUUAUCCGCAAUGGUGAUAAGAUGAAUUGUGGUGAGAUAGAGAAGGAGAUCAAUUCGCUUGCAAAGAAGGCAAAUGAGGGACGUCUUUCAAUUGAUGAUAUGGCUAGAGGUUCAUUUACAAUAUCCAAUGGUGGAUUUUAUGGAAGCCUUAUAAGUACCCUCAUCAUCGACCCUCCUCAGGUCUGAUUCUUUAUCUGACCCAAUUGACCGGACUUUGAUCGUCUUACUGCAACAAAUGGAACUCACAUCAGUUCUAUGCUUAACUAUAUACCUAGUGAAGCUUCUUUAAUUUGUAACAAAAGUACCAUUUCUAUUAUAUGACAGCUAAGUACCUUUAUACGACA